CUGGGCACCGUUCUGCGGCAACGAGACACCGCACUGUGAUGGCGAUCGUUGAAUUAUGGAGCGCGUACACCGACGACGCUGCGACAGCUGGACGGCCUCCCCCGAGCCAAGAAGGUCUGAGGGACGUUGGGCUACUGCUCGCCACGCAAGACCUGUCCCCCGACAUUCAUGCCAAACGGAUCGUCGACGCCGUCACGCACCUCUAUGAUACCGUCAAGCAGCAGCAAACCAAUGGUACAUCCCUCGUUCUCUUCCUGGACCUGGUACGGUAUGCAUUCGAAGGUCUGAAGGUGACGAAACAGUUCGCUGCCCUCGACACCACAUGCCACCAGCUCUUGCCAGUUCUAUUGUCGUUGAUCGACGCGCUUUUCCGCGCCAAACCGCCUGUCUCUGAUGCAACUCUACCCGCCGCCGUCCUGACCUUUGUCAUGGACGUGCUCGUGGGCUACCAGCACUCGUCUGCCUUGUACGUAGCUGGCGGCAACCGCUUGCUGGCGCAUUUCGAGACCAUCCAGCAGUGGUUGCACUCUCCCGAUCACGUCGUCGAUCUAUCGGGGAUUGGUCGCACACUGGUUCUCACCGUGUGUUGUCUGGCCCGCCUCCAUCCCGGGUGCAGAGACCUGAACGCUGCCUUCUCGACGAACUUGCUUGCAAACUUUGGGGUCACUGUGCCCGCGGCAACCGACCUCGACGCCGCCCUCCGUCAUACGUCCUGGCUUCCCCCGUCCGAAGCCAUUCGGAGCGACUCGAUCCCCACCGUUGAAGGCCUCUGGACACUUGAUGAAAACGUCCUCGCCGACGCCACGCCCCGCAGCGGGAACCGCAACGCUGGCUCCGUCGUCCUUCGCCACGUCAGUGCCUGCCAUGGCGUGGCCUUCUCUGCGACGAUGCACGAACCGUACGACUAUGACAAGAUCCUCAUCGAUCUCUCGGGUGACGUCGUCACAGAAUUGGUCGAGUCGUCGUCGUCGUCCCAUGAUCUUCCGCACCAGAUCUCGUUGCAAGGCCAGUGGCAGCACGUGUUGGAUGCAACCGCGCCCAAUUCCAUGCAAACGCUAUCACAGGAAUGGACGUGCCCCGUGUGUACCGUGGCCAACGCCGCCGGCGCCCGCGUGUGCUCGACGUGCGCCGCGCCCGCCCCCACCGUUGACACAACCCACGUGUCCGCCCACCGAAGCAACCCCGCGCCCUUUGCCGCCACAAUCGGCCCCGCCGCCGUCACCGACGCGUUCAUGGAUGUCCGCUGGAGUCGCGGUGAUCAGCACGGCAGGUGGCUGGCGCGGCGCCAACGCCAGCCGACCGCUUUCGAGUUGACCGCGACGACGGAUGUCCGGGCUGCGGUGUACACUCCCCGAGGCCGCGCGGCCGACUGUCUCGUGGUGGAAACCCUGAGCAACGUUGCCAGCAACUGCUCGACCUCGACCGUCGAGUUCUGGAGUACGCAGUGGCGACGAGAUCCGUCCCAGUCGCAAGUCCUUGUAGCGAAUGGCGAGUUUUCCGUGAGCAUCAACCAGCAUGGCCACUUGGUGUGGCAGGUAGGGGCGUCGACGGAGCUGGUGGUGCCCCCCGACUGUCUGCCGCCGUCCGCCGCCUCGUCGUUUGUCCAUGUGGCGCUAGUGUGGGACGUGACGGUACUGAGUCUGGUGCUGAAUGGGCGCGUGGUGUGCCAAGCCCCCCGUCCGACGGAAGAACAAACCGGCCAGCGAAAGGUGCUGGUGCUCGGGGGAGCCCCCACGGACCUCGCGUUGCUGCCCCUGGGAUUGUUGGAUCUACCUCGGGGGGUGUACGGCGUCGAUCGGUGCUUUGACGGCAGCCUCGUCGAGGUCCGGCUGUGGUCAGUUGCGGUAUCCGUCGAUGUUGUAGCUCACCGCUCCCGCCACACUUUACACGGGGACGAAGAGGGUUUAGUCGCAUACUUUCCCCUGGUUGGGGGGGUGCUGUAUCGAGACGCCAGUCGGCACGGCCACCACCAUGCCACCUGGUUCAACGAGUACCACCGCAUCGCAUGUCCGUCUUGGUCGUGCCCCGUGUCGCAGGUAGAGCUCGGACGACUACCCGUGGUCGGCCAUCGAUGGCAGUCCCAGCAUGGGCUGAGUUUCUUUGGCCAUAUCUCCAAGAACGACCACCAUGUUGGGCUGCUGCGAUUGGCGAGCGGGUCGGCUGUGUGGACGGACGAGUCGGUAAACCUGUCCCAACAUGUGGGGUUCUACACGGAAAUGGAGCUGGCCAUGCCCGAGCCUUCGUCCGUGUGUGUAGCCUGGAGCGACGUGUCGUUCUGGGACUUGUCGCCGCUGAUCCAUGAAGCGUCCGCCCUGGACGCGACCGCCGCGCACGACGGCCGAUCCCCGCGGCGGGCUCUGUUUGUGCAGGUGACUACGAACGCCCCCAACGACGACGCCAGUGUCAGUGUGUUUGUGUGGGCGGACCAGACCGCGCACUGUUUGAGUGUCGUGCACACGACUGCGUCGAGUUUCUCAGCCACUACGCUUGGCAUUCGAUACGAUGGCGCGGUGCUGUCCGUGUACGUGGGCAACCGCCUGCUGAGUGUGCUGUCGCUGGACCUGGGCGCGGCGCUCGCGUCCGCCUUGCAGCGCGUCCGCGUCGGCGUCGUGAGUCCGCUGCGCCUAAACUCUUCUGUUCAACUUGCCAAAUGGACGUUUGAAACGACCCCCGCCGCCGUCGACAUACCCAACAACGUGCCGGCGGUCCGUCGCGUGUACGGCCUCGACGCUGUCCCGCCGACGACAUCAUCUCGUCCGGAUGCUGCCGCCGCCGCGGACGACGGAGGGGUGAGCUGCACCAAACACCGGACGGAUGGCAGCGCGAUCGUCCAGGAGCUGUACAUGUGCCAGACAUGCGACUCAAACCUCGUCUUCUGCGCUCCGUGUGCGACAGUGUGCCACCACGGCCACGAAUUAGUGUGGAUGGGCAAGGUCAGCGGGGCCUGCGGGUGUCACACCCGAGGAGUCGAGUCGUGCAUGUGCUUUGGCCAGCCAGCCAUCCAGGCAAACGAGACGCCGCAGUUCAGCCUGUGGCGCUGUGUCCAGUGCACUGUCGUGAACGCCAUAACCGUAUCGCAGUGCGCCGUGUGCGCGAGCAAGUCGCCGCUCCCGUCCGCCGCCCCUGCGACCCCCGUCCUCUCCACGGGACUGUUUGAAGUGCCCGCCGCCGAGUGGUCGUGUCCCGCAUGUACGAUGCUCAACGACGCCUUGUCGGCCAAGUGUACAAUCUGUGACACGGGUCGUCCGGAUAGUAAUACUAGUAGUACGACGCAAAACGACGGCAUCCUGAGUCUGUACCACGCGGCGGCCGAAGUGACGGGGCCGUGGUGGGUAUGCAAUGCAUGCACCAUGCAAAACGACUCAUCCGACGUCAAGUGCGGAAUCUGCGGGACGCUAAAGCCGCUGCCGUUGGCCAUGCCCGUCGCGACCCCAGUACCCGACACGGCGACUCCGCUUUUGUCCGUGCCAGAACACGCGCCAACUCUGUCGCAGUGGCUCGCCAAGAAACACUCGAUCUUGGAGCAAAAGCGUAUCCAACAUGAGAGUACUUUGCCUGCACUUGUGACAGCGUUGGCCCACCAGGACGAAGUGUGGGAAACCACCCAAGGCCUGUUGACCGUCAAGUACGCCGACACUUUUGUAGGGGAUAUCGUACACGGCGAGUACACCGACACAAAGAAUUCGGAUGGCGGGCUCUGUGGAGUGCUCAAGACAUCACUGGACAUCCAUCAUCCUCGCCUGGAACUGCGCGCCAAGUACAAGCCCAACGCGGCCGCGCAAGACAAUUCGUGCUUGUUAAUAUGGCCAUCACGUCAGUUGUUUGACGGGUACUGGUAUCGGGGGGACGGUUCGGGUGCGUGGAAGUGCACGUACUCGCCACUGACGACCGAAGUCCGGGGGCUAGAAGCAGCUGCCGACUUGUCGUCGUCGGCACUCGUGCCGUUCUACUCGGGGCUUGCGAACAUGACGCAAGGCCUGACGAACGUGUGCUACCAGAAUAGCUUUGUGCAGAUUCUGUUCAUGACCCAGGCCUUGCGCGACGCCAUCUUGGCGUGUCCGUCGCCAAACCCGACGCUGGCCACGGUCCAGCACUUGUUUGCGCGGAUGCUGCAGUCGCGGGCGCCUUGCUUGGCUACCCACGACCUUCAAGCGGUUCUUCCGCCGACGUUCCAGGCCGGGCGGCAGCAGGACGUGUGUGAUUUUGCGCACUUUUUGAUGGAGAGUAUUUCCACGGGGUUUGAGGACGCGAUUCACGAGCUCGUGGGCGGUACCACGGCCACGAUCGUCGCGUGCAAGUCGUCCGACUGUGGCCACGUCAGCGUCACCCGCGAGUACUUCUGGGAGCUACUGCUUAACAUGGUGGACCUGCGGUACACGCCCAUCACGAGCAUCCGCGCCGUCCACGGCACGACGCUGCGCAUCCCCACGCCAGCUCGAUACGAUCGGCUCAACUACGACCUCAACAAAGACCGCACGGGCGCGCCAUAUGUAUUUUUAUGUGUCCAACGGGAUGCCUCCAAUGCGUUGCCGAUCACGGACAUACUAAUCAAGGUAUGUGACGCCGGCGAGCCCAAGCCUACACUAAGUGGGUACAACCGGGUCGAGCUCGACCUGAACAUGGGGACGAGUACUAGUACUAGUAGUACUACUAGUCCGAGCCAUCGAACGGAUGGCGGGUCUUUGAAGAAAGCCAGUACGUCGACGGGUGUGGCCACGACGGAAUCGUGUUUGAGUGGAAAUGGAAAUGGCAAGAAGCAGAUUUACUUGUUUUACGGGAGCGAUCCCCACGGCUCACCCGUCACCGACUUGACGGUGAUCUACAACCAGGACGCCGUGCCCGAUGGCUUUAAAGUGAUUCGCGUGGAUUUGAACCAAGGAGAAGGCGCCAAGGUGUUUCUGUGCUAUCGAUGCGAUAUGCCUGUCACCGACAUCAAGCUCGUGUCCCAGGGACUUCCACGCUAUAAACUCAUUGACCGACCCCUUCAACUCGGUCGUCCGGAGGGACAGGGGGGGGUGCCGCAGCAGUAUAUUGCGCACACGGACGGCGGCAGCGGGCCGUGCAUCACGGGCCUCCGACUCGUGCCAGCGGACCAAGUUGCGUCGCUGGAAGCGGCGGCGUGGGAAGAUUUGCACCUCGCCACCAACGAUCAUCCUCCUCCUUCUUCGAACCAUCCCCCACUUGACCAUUUGAUGGUUCAGCGGGGUCAUGGUAACCCGCUGUACGCGAUCGAAGUGUUUCGAAGUCCCCGGAUGGUGCCCAAGUACAGCGACUACGAGACCAUCUCGGUGGUGACCCCUCCGCCAGUGGAGGAGCUGACGCCGGAUCUGCUGCUUGGCGACUGGUUCGGCGGCGACGACAUCGACCGGUCCUUCCGCGCCGUCCAGUUCACGCACACGGCGCCCAACCUGAGCCCGACGUGGACCGUGUCGGGUGUGUUUGGCAAGCACAACGGCCGACUCACGGGGGUGCUGCAGUCGUUUCAUACACUGUCGCAUGUUUUGUGGGGAUCAUGGACAGACUCGACGACCAAGUGGCCGCAGUUGGUGCAUAUCGUGUUCCGAUUUGAUGCGUCGGCGGUGCCGCCCAUCGUCGUCGUGGACGGCGUGGUCGGCGACGGCAAGGCCAAACUGGUCAACUUCCGCGCGACCCAAGCCACCAACGUCGUGGUGCCGGCGCUAAGUCCGAUCACAGAGCUCCUGGUCGCCCGAGGCAGCGAUCUCCCCCUGGCGACGGGGGCGGGCACGUCGGUGCUGUGCGGUCUCCACGGCGACUUGUUUCUGCUCGUCCGGCGGGACCCACAUGAGGCGCCAGUCAAGGAAGUGUGCGUCGUCUACGGAGGCAUCGACCCCAUCCCAGACGGCUAUGUCUGUGUAGACACGACCGUAUCGGGGGCGACUGCCAACCUCAACACGACAUCCACCACCGACGUGAGUAUCUUCAUCUGCUUCAAGCGGGACUCGCUGCCGACGACACUGGGCGUGACGGACGUUGUCGUCGUGACCUCCAAUGUCCCCGUCGGCUACACCAAGCUCCAGCAUACCCCCCUUGGCAUGGACGCAUCGUUAGUGCAAGGCCAGUCCAUCUACAUCGCGAUCAAGCGAGUGGAAGCCGACGCGGCGGCGCUGACGUCCGUGGUCGUAGAGCACGCUCUCAACGGCCAGUACGACACGUCACUGUGGGGCCGCUUGCAGUUGACCGUGCUGGAGAGCGUCCAGUCGAGUGAGUUGAUGGGCUCGUUUAGCGUCACAUCGUCUUUGUCGUCGUCGUCGUCGCCGCCGGGCAUCUUGCGCGGGAUUGCGUACCCCAAAUCGACCAACAACAAGAAUACGAUCAAGUGCGUGGGGCUGUGGGAACCGGCGGGCGGACAGACGCUGGCGUCGUACAAUGCAUCGAUCGGAGUGUCGAGUGGCGUGGGGCCGUUCGAGUUUGAGUUUGCCUUGCAAGACGACAAGAACAUUUGCAUUCCAGUGGCCGACGGAUGGUGGAGCCGCGGCGGCAAUGGCGAUGGCGGCGGUCCGUGGCGACUGGUGCAAGACUGCUACGUCCAGCUGGCGUACAAGAAGGAUUAUGGCAGCGAGUGGGCCCACGGGCACGUGACUUCGUCCGAGCGCGUGUCCAGGCACUCGGUCGCGUCCAUGCUGCAUCGGUUCGGGUCGGUCAAGACGCUCGGCGGCGACUUCACAUGCAGCGGGUGCCACCGGCGCACAGAGUCGCGUGUGCACUCUGUGGUUGUGACGCCCCCCGCGCACUUGAUUUUGACGUUCAAGCGCAUGUACUACGACUGGAAGGCCCAGAAAACAUGCAAAAGUCUGCAUGAUGUGUCGUUCCCGGCGGUGCUGACGCUGCCGGCGCUCAGUCCGGCGGACGCGGCGACGUUGGCAGUCGACGACGACACAACGCCAGAGGGGCGGCGGACGUACGGUCUGUACGGCGUGCUCGUGCACAGCGGCCUCUCUGCCAACUCGGGGCACUACUACAGCUUUGGGCGGUCGAGUGCGUCCAACCAGCUGCACUUGGAGGACGACCCUACCGCCCCGUGGAUCCAGUUCAAUGACUCGCAUGUGCGACCGACCACAUGGAACGAUUUGCACGCGACCAUCGAAAGCUCCGUAUCCGACUCAGUCUACUUGCUCUUUUACAAGCGACUGGAGCAUGUUGUGAUGCUGCAUGAUGAGUACCAUCAUCUGUCGGCGUCAUCGCAUGAAGACAAGGAAGAAGAUAAACUGGACGAAGAAGCCAUGCUGCUUGCUAAAGCGAUGGCCUUGUCCAUGUCGACCCAAGACACGAGUCCUAGUAGUAUGACUAGUAGUACUAGUAGUCCCCCCCACGCCCCGUAUGCCCCGCAAACCAUGGCCCUGUUGGACGAGGUUGAGCGGGAGCAUGCGACGUUUUUGCUCGACACGGCGACUCGUCGACGAGGUCCUGUGACACUGUCAGACUGGCACUUGUGGCUGCAAUCCCAUCAUCGCAUCGACGAUCCGUUGUGGGCCAAGCUGAGUCCCCUCUUGCAAAAGGCAUGAGCCUAACGUUAUCGCAGAUCCAAAUAAUAUCAUCUCCAGUACAUUAAUACAAGACGACAACUUUCUUG